GGGUGCAGGAGGAGCCCUCGGAGCCGUCCCUGCGGGGGGUGAUGGCCGCCUUGCUCUUCCUCCUCAUUCUUUCCACCUUGCUGGGCAACACCCUGGUGUGCGCGGCCGUCGUCAAGUUCCGGCACCUGCGCUCCAAGGUGACCAACUUCUUCGUCAUCUCGCUGGCCGUCUCCGACCUGUUCGUGGCUGUGCUGGUGAUGCCGUGGAAGGCAGUUGCCGAGGUGGCUGGUUUCUGGCCUUUCGGGGGCUUCUGUGACAUCUGGGUGGCCUUUGACAUCAUGUGCUCCACCGCCUCCAUCCUCAAUCUGUGCAUUAUUAGCGUGGACCGGUACUGGGCCAUCUCCAGCCCCUUCCGCUACGAGAGGAAGAUGACCCAGCGGGUGGCAUUUGUCAUGAUUGGGGUGGCUUGGCUGCUCUCCAUCCUGAUCUCCUUCAUCCCCGUGCAGCUGAGGUGGCACAAGGCCAGCGAGCUCCUGGCUCAACAGGAGCCGGGCUCCAACCUCACGCAGGGCGCUCAGGAGAACUGCGACUCCAGCCUCAACAGGACCUACGCCAUCUCCUCCUCCCUCAUCAGCUUCUACAUCCCCGUCGCCAUCAUGAUCGUGACCUACACCAGGAUCUUCCGCAUCGCUCAGCGCCAGAUCCGCAGGAUCUCCUCCCUGGAGAGAGCGGUGGAGCACGCCCAGCACUGCCACAGCAGGGACUGCCCCCACGAGGCCUCCCUAAAGAACUCGUUCAAAAAGGAGACCAAAGUCCUCAAGACCCUGUCCAUCAUCAUGGGCGUCUUCGUCUUCUGCUGGCUACCCUUCUUCGUGCUCAACUGCAUGGUGCCCUUCUGCGACGCUGGCCUGCAGGAUCCUGGCGCCCUGCCUUGUGUCAGCGAGACGGUCUUCAACAUCUUUGUCUGGUUCGGCUGGGCCAACUCCUCCCUCAACCCCAUCAUCUACGCCUUCAAUGCUGACUUCAGGAGGGCCUUUGCCACCAUCCUGGCCUGCAGCCGCUUCUGCCCCAGCAACGUAGUGGAGACGGUGAAUUUCAGCAACGAGCUGGUCUCCUACCACCAUGACACCACCUGCCAGAAGGACGUGGUGACCCUCAGCUGCCCACACCUGCUGCCCCACGCCGCCCUGCCGGCAGACGACGAGCUGACUUUCGACAAGGUGUCUCAGCUCUCCCAGACCUCCCCCGACAACCACGCCAACGCCGCCUUGCCAGCCGUGGUCCACGUGGAGUGCGAGACAGAUAUUUCACUGGAGAAGAUCACUCCCUUCACUUCCAACGUGCUGGGUUGAAAAGGACCAUGAGAAGGAGAGAGGGAGGGGGAGAGGGAUGGCUACCCUUCUGGCUGGGCAGGAGUUUGUUAGUAGCAAGGAAGAGUGACUUUCCAGGGAACUGGAUGGCUGAGCGGAAUGGGGUCUGGGAUGUUUCGCCUCCAGCCCGCGGCUCGACCCCGGCCCAGGUUGGUGGUGGAUGAAAGUAGCUGAUGGCUGUCGAGUGCCAGAUGAGUUUGGUGGGUCUCAGCAUAGU